ACAGUUACAGCUACUCAAUAAAGCUCUUAGUAUUCUACAAAUGUUUAAAUCAAAGUUAACCCUAGCAGUCAGUUAGUUCAGUUUUAAGGUUUCAGUCAAAUUAGUUGUCCCAAGUUUCUGCCUGACAGCUACUGUAGCGGUUUUGAGAUUUAAAAUCACAAUUUCAGUCAGAUCAACUACAGAGCAUUUAUACAGAGUACACACACUGAAACAGAGAAGUCUAAAAACAGAAUGUUACUCACACAAUUCUAGAAGUCACCAGUUGUUAUCCUGUCAAAAUCGAGUUGCACACAUGCUAGUAAUCCAAACACUUAAUCUGCUCUGUAACCCAUUCAGUUAUUGGUUCUUACAAAAAUCUUAGUGUCUGUUAUUUCACACAGAUGCUGAGUGAUGAGCACGAUGUGUCUUUCUCAGUGUCUAACCUGCACAAUGGGAUCCGGCUGGUGGACAGCGAGGCCCUGGUGUGCAUCACGUCCUUCUGCUUCCCCUCCGCUGCGGCCUCGGUGCAGUGUCUGGCCUGGGUCCCCUCAGCCCCCGGCAUGUUCAUCACUGGAGACUCCCAGGUUGGGGUGUUGAGGGUCUGGAAUGUGUCUCGCUCCACUCCUUUGGACAGCUUUAAACUGAAAAAGACUGGAUUUCACGCUUUGCAUGUCCUGAACUCCCCUCUUGCCAAGAAAGCUCAGAGUUCCUGCUCUCCCAGUAAAAGUCAGCACACCAGUUCCACCAGUGAGGCUGUCCCUCCCCCAACCCUGUCCCAGAACCGGUCUUUCUCUCUGCCUCCGGGCCAUGCUGUGUGCUGUUUCAUGGAUGGUGGGGUGGGGCUAUAUGACAUGGGGGCCAAGAAGUGGGACUUCCUACGAGACUUGGGGCAUGUAGAGACUAUCUUUGACUGUAAGUUUAAGCCAGACGACCCCAACCUGCUGGCCACUGCUAGCUUUGAUGGAACCAUCAAAAUCUGGGACACAAACACUCUGACAGCAGUUUACACCUCGCCUGGCAACGAAGGAGUGGUAUACUCACUGUCCUGGGCUCCAGGAGAUCUGAACUGCAUAGCAGGCGCAACGUCUCGUAAUGGAGCGUUCAUCUGGGACGUCAGGAAAGGAAAGAUCAUCACUCGCUUUAAUGAGGUUACUGUGACUUCAAAAAUGACUUCAAGCUGAGUCCCUGUAGCAUUAGUGUAUGCUGUAUUC